AUGGCAUCAUUUAUUCUGUGUGCGCGCAGCGGCGUUAGGCUACGAAGGCUGAAAUGAUGCUCAGGAUGCGCUCCAUCUUUCCUUAUCUUCAAUGAGGAGCGGAGCAGCCCGGAGGCAGCAGCACCGUGGGCAUGGGACACGGGGAGCGCAAUGCCCUGCAAAGCGCAGAGCCCAGGGGAGAGGAAAGCGAAUCCGUCCCCUUGUGCUGCUUCUGCCCAAAGAACAUCCAAGGACAAAGCCUCUGAUAGGGAGCAAUUGCCAGCACUAUUUCCAAACCGAGCGGUGCUCUGAGCAACGCCCCGCAUCCACCCCUUGUGUAACACCCUCUGGCUUUAAGUGCCUUAUACAAGCCUUUACUCACCCAGUGCUGAGCUGUGCCUAAGCCAGGAUUGAAGGCGAAUCCUAUUUAGGAAAACACCCUUGAUGAAGGAAGCGUGAAGCAAAGGGGAAGACUGGCGUGGCUGCAGUGACGAGGGGGGCACAGCGCUGCGGGGUCUGACUGCACCGGGCGCUGUGUGGCUGCGGGAUCGCUCCUUGUGAGAGGGAAUCCUCCAUCCAGCCCUGAGCCGCCGAGCUGCCCGCGCUCGAGGAUUACACGGACUGUUUAGACCAGGGGACAACUGUUUUUAGCACAGGCGGCAAUUAAAAUAGCUGGCGAAUGUCGACACCUCGGGCUCUGCCAUAAAAAAAAAGAGGCCGAAAAUUCCGGAUUCUGCCACAAGCGGGGAUGCACCCGGAGAUGGGAGCCUGAGAUCUGCCCGGUGAGGAAGGCACCGAGGUGGACGCUUGCCCUGGAGAUGGCUGCGGAGGAGCUGCGCGCUCCGGGCACCCCGUUCUCGCUCUCCUUUUCGGGCAGUGGGUUCCUUGCACUGUACCAGGUCGGGGUGGUGCAGUCCCUCUUGGAGCUGGCCCCCGAGCUGCUCAAAUCCGCCUGCAAGGUGUACGGCUCGUCCGCGGGAUCGCUCAUCGCCGCCGCCGUGGUGUGCGGCAUCAGCCUGGAUGACCUGAAAGAAGUUUUCUAUGCAAAUGCAAGGGAAGUCCGGAAAACCCUGCUGGGCCCCCUGUCCCCCAAGUGCAGCUUGCUGGGCAACAUCAGGGCCGUGCUGCAGCGCUGGCUCCCGGAGGAUUCCUACCAGGUGGCAUCGGGGCGGCUGCACGUCUCACUGACGCGGGUGAUGGACGGCCAGAACGUCAUGGUGUCUGAGUUCAGCUCCAAGGAGGAGCUCAUUCAGGCUCUCAUCUGCAGCUGCUUUCUUCCUAUUUACUGCGGGUUCAUCCCUCCGUCCUACCGAGGUGUGCGCUAUGUCGACGGGGGAUUCACCGGCCUGCAGCCCGUCUCCAGCCUGGAGGAAGCUGUGAUCACCGUGUCCCCAUUCACGGGAGAGCUGGACAUCUGCCCGCGGGAUUGCCCCGCCAUCUUCUACUGCUUCCAGAUCUUUAACGGCAGCAUUCAGAUCUCGGUGGAAAACCUGUGCAGGAUUAGCUACGCUCUGUUUCCUCCCAGCACCAUGGUAAGCCAGCCAGGUCCUCUUCCUUUUUGCUUUGGUAAUGCGUUGGCACGGGCUGCCCAGGAAGGUGGGGGGGGUUCAGAACUGUGGAGAUGAGGCACUGAGGGAUGU